ACCCAGGCGCUGUAAAAGCCGUGUUGACAUUUUUGCCACAUGAUUGUGAAAAUCAAAACAAACCCGUAAAAUUGUGAUUUUCCCCCAAAAUAGUGCUGCUCCUGGACCAGAAUGGAGUCGAGAAACUACAAAGAGGAUCAGGCAAAUGAAAUUGAAGCCCUCGACUCGAUCUACUGUGGAGAACUCGAAGUCCUCGCCACUGAGCCUUAUCACAGAUUCAAACUGCCCAUCUCCACUGAGGAGUACAAUGCAGAAACUCAGGAAAAUGGCCUUCAGUGUCAACUGAUAUUCACUUACACGGAAAAAUAUCCUGACACUGCUCCCCUCGUGGAGAUUGAGGAUCCAGUUAACUUCCAGGAAGACUACGAGGGACGCCUGAUAGGUCACAUUGAGGAGACUGUGGCUGAGCAUUUGGGGAUGGAGAUGAUCUUCUCCCUGGUCAGCAGUGCCCAAGAGUGGCUGAAUCAGCGCUGGGACGAUGUGAAGCGUGAGGAGGAACUGUCACGGGAGCGUCGACUGAGGGAAGAGGAAGAGCGAGAACAGAAGAAAUUCGAGGGAACGAGGGUUUCUGUAGAGACAUUCAUGGCCUGGAAGACAGCUUUUGAGGAUGAAUUGGGAAUAACGCAGCGAAGGCUGAAAGAUUUGGCGGAAAAUAGAAAAUUGACAGGGAGGGAACUUUUCCUGCGUGAUACAACCCUCAAUGAAUCCGACAUCAAAUUCCUCCUGGAAGCUGGAGACUCCAUUGAAAGUGUCAAAAUCGAUGAGAGUCUGUUUCAGAAUAUCGAUGAUCUGGAACUUGACUCCGAUACCGAUGAUGAAGAUUAUGUUCCCGGAAAGGAAUAAUUUCGAAUUUUUCUGCCUCCAUGUUAAAACUUUUUCCGCGUCAACAUCGUUAUUCAAUAAAUUUGUAAUCAAUUCAA